AUGCACCUCCUCCUAGCUCCACCUCCAACUCCGUCUUCUCCGUCAAGACGCAUAUUCUUUUCGGGACACCUCCGGAUCUUCCUAGCCACCAAGUUCGGGAUCGUCCGAACGUCAGAUGGUGCAGCGAAUGGGACACCAGAAGAUGUGGAGGCUGCUGUGGAGAAGUCGCUCAAGAGGCUUGGUAUUGAGACAGUUGAUUUGUAUUACCUCCAUAUCAUCGUCGGCGCGAUGGCAGAAUUUGUAAAACAAGGAAAAGUCAGAUACAUCGGACUCUCCGAAAUCUCAGCAGACACCCUCCGGCGCGCUCACGCCAUUCACGCCACCAGCCUUCCAUACUACGCAGCAUUAAACAUAUGUUCCAGGUCUGUAUUUUUCCCUCGGCAAGCUUAUUCCGCCCCCCUCAUUCCUUAUUUUCUAUGCUGGACAGCCAAAUGA